CAGUACACUUCAUUUGGAGGACUUGACUAGCUCUGAAACGUCCUCUCUUGAGUAUCCUCUUUCUCCACCUUCAAAAGAAUCAUAUAUUUCCUUCUGAUUUUUGUCCAAGUGUUUAUGGAAUCAAGGAUCUGGGCUAACCUGCCAUAUUUCAUCACUUGGUGCCAUCUACACAUGAGAAACACCACUUACUGUGAAAGCCAAUCUUUUUAGACAUGGAUGAACAAGGGGUUGCACCUACUCUUACUGAAAUACCUCCCAUAGCAUCAGUUAUCAAUGGCGAACCCAUGCAUCAGAUGCAGAAUUAUCAUCUGGACAACACUGCUGGAACACAAUAUACUACUAAUUAUUCACAAACAGUGACUCAUCCCAAAAGAUAUACCAGAUGGCCUUCUUGUCCUCAAUACUGGAUACAACAAAUUAUAUUGGUUCAAGUUAACCCUGGGGAGACCCUCACCAUCAAGUCUGAUGACGGGAAUAUUCAGAAUAUCCAAGGACCCGCUGAUGUACCUCUGAUGUCACCAAGUGGUACCCUGCCACCAAUAUAUCUUCCUCCUGGUUACAUGUCUCAGGUGGUGGAAGAAAAUGGCAUUCGCAAAAUCAUCAUUGUGCCUCAGACAAGUGACUAUCGUACAACCAUGCCUGCUCCUAUACCACAAGUAUCACACUUCAUUGGACCAUCCCCUCCUAUGUAUCCACAAGGUCCUCAACUUAUGUAUCCCCCAGCUCAAGGGGAAUUUCCUCCGCCUUAUAUCCAAGAGCCUUUGCCACAGCAGUUGCCACCACCACCACCACCACCACCACAGCUGCCACCACAACCGCUGCCACCACCACAGCUGCCACCACCACCGAUGCCACCACCACCAGUGCUACCACCACAGCUGCCACCACCACCGAUGCCACCACAACUGCUGCCACCACCACUGCUGCCACCACCACUGAUGCCACCACCACCGAUGCUACCACAAGCAACAUUUAUAUACCAAGAGCAGCACGAAAUUUAUUCCCAUGGAAGAGCAAAUUAUAACCAGUUUGAUGAAAGGGCUGUUAACAUGGGAGAACAUAUGAAGAAAAAAAUGAGAGAAGACCAACUUGGAGGACACAAGACUAGCUAUAUAGUUAACAACACCUCUUUGCCUGUGAAAAAAAACAAUGAUUUUUCCAGUAUGCCUCCUACUCCAAACACUUACACUGUGGACUAUGCUCCAAGUACCUACACUGUUGACAAUACCUUGAGCACCUACACUGUGGAGAAUGCUCAACACACCUACACUGUUGACAGUGCAUCAGGUACCUACACUGUAGACAACACUACAAACACUUACACUGUGGACAAUGUUCCAUGUACCUACACUGUGGAAAAUACUUCAAGCACCAACACUGUUGAAAAUACUUUGAGCACUUAUACCGUGGAUAAUGCUCCAUGUACCUACACUGUGACCAGUGCUCAGAACAUUUACAUUGCUGACAAUACUCCCAGUACUUACACUGUUGACAGCUCUCCAAGCACUCAUAUUGCUGACAAUACUUCCAGCAAUUCUUCCACUGACCAUAUCCCUAGUACUUCCACCACAGACAAUGCUCUUCCUUCCACCACUGAUAGUGUUUCAGGCCCUUCCAGCACUAAUUAUGUCCCCAAUACUUCCAUUUCUGACAGUACUCCCAGACCAUCACCUAUUGACAGCACUCCAAGUUCUUCCAUUUCUGACCAUGCUCCCAACACUCCCAUCUCUGAAAGUGCUCCCACCACUUCUACUAUUGAUGGUGCUCUCAAUGCUGCCAGCAAUUCCAACACUGCCAGUGUUCAUUUUGAGACUAGUCACGGAAAGAAAUGGAGUGCUACAGAAAGUGGAGACAUAAAGCAGAAACCAGGUGGAAAACAAAGCAAGAUCACAUCAUCAAAUGCUGCAGAAAAAGAAUGCAUAACAGAACAUGGAAAAUCAUGCUGUUUCACCAUUGAGAAACCUGUAGUUUCUGAUAUUCAAACAAGAUCUGCUACUAUUUCAUGGAAACUACAUUGUUCUGAGAAAUGUGAUCACACCAAAUCUCCUGUGACAUUUGAACUGGCAAUAUCUAAUAGUGGUAAAAAUGGAAAAUAUAAAAAUGUAUAUGUUGGUGGUGGAGUUAUAUUUACUCUACUUGAUCUACAGCCAUCCAUGGCCUAUUUCGUAAGAAUUACGACCAUAAGAAGCUCAGCACAUAGAACUAUGUCUGAAGUGGUUAGCUUCACAACUCUAGGUUGUGAACCAGACCCUCCACUUGCACCCAGACUAAUUAACCGAUCCAAGAGCAGCCUGAAUUUACAGUGGAAAGGUUCCAAUGAUAACGGUUCCAAAAUAAACAGCUUCCUUUUGGAAUGGGAUGAGGGCAAAAGUGAAGGCUUCAAAAGUUGCUAUAUGGGUACCAUGAAACAGCACAAGAUCCUUAAAUUGAAUGCUUCUACAAAAUAUUCAUUCAGACUAGCUGCCAAAAAUAACUUUGGAUUGAGUGAUUUCAGUGAAAUAGCAGUCUUUCAUACAUCAGGAACUAUGCCUCCAACACCUUCACCUCCUAAGCUAAAAGAAGCAGGAAUCUGUAAUUUGUCACUAGAAUGGUGUGCCCCACCUAACCCAAAUCCAAAUGAAAGUCUUACUUAUGUACUAGAAAUGGAAGAAGCAGGAUCUGGGUUGGGUUUUAAACCUAAAUAUAAUGGAGAAGACCUCUCAUGCACUAUAAGAAAUCUUCAGAGAAGUACUACAUACAAGUUUAGGAUCUUUGCCUACAAUCUGGAAGGAAGGAGUAACCCCAGUGGAGAAGUAAAAUAUACUACCUAUCCAGAUAAGCCUGGAUCCCCUAAAACACCAUAUAUAAAGGGAAAAGUCUAUUCAAACAGAGUAAAAAUUGGAUGGGAACCACCCAAAGAUAAUGGUGGGACAUAUAUUUCAAGUUACAGUUUAGAAGCUAGUGAAAAUUCAGAUGAGAAUUCCUGGAAAAUAAUCUACAAUGGAACCACAAAGGAAUUUCUAUAUAAUCACCUGCAACCUGGUACUACAUAUAAAUUGAGAGUCUUUUGUACUUCACCUAUAGGUCAAAGCCAGCCUUCAGAUAUAUUGACUAUUCAAACACCUACACUUUCUUCUGCAUCUUGCCAUCCUCCACCCUUGAAUGGUGAAGCGAAGACCAAAGAAACCAACAUCAAAUGUGAUAAUCAUCCUAAUGAAAACCCUGAAACACCUACAUAUGUCAAAAAGGCAGAAGAUAACCAAGAUGACAAACAAGGAAACCCUAGUUCCAAAGUGAGAUGCAUAUUGGGAUCUCACCCACUGAAGUGUGAAACUGCACCAGUCCCAAGCCUUCCUUCUCAAUGUGGUUUACCUGUGCUAACCUGCAAGGGUCCAACCUGUGUUGUUAUUAGUUGGGUGGUUCCUGUGUGUAAUGGUGCUGAAAUCACUGAAUACAGACUUGAGUGGGGACAAAGUGAAGAAUCAAUGCACUUGAUUUAUACUGGCCCUUGUCUAAGCUAUGAAGUUAAAAGUCUCAUUCCUGCAACUACAUAUUUUUGCAAAGUUCAGGCUGCAAAUGUAGUUGGAGUUGGACCAUUUGGAGAAACUGGCAUAGUAACCACACCAGCAACUGUGCCAGCAGUAGUACCAAUGCUACAUGAAGUUGAAAACAAAGUUCCUGCCAAAUUGGCAUCAUCUUGCAUUGCUAUUCAAUGGGAGGAACCAGAUUGUCAUGGCUCUCCAAUCACUGGAUAUAAUAUUGAAUAUGGAGACAGAAAAAUUUUGUCUGUUGAAAGAGUGACAGAGUGUAUUCUGAAAAAUCUACAGCCUGAUACCACAUACAAAAUCAGAAUUCAAGCUAUCAAUCAUUAUGGACUAAGCCCUUUUAGCCAAUCAAUAAGAUCCAAAACCAAGCCACUACCCCUUGAUCCUCCUCAUCUUGAUUGUGUGGUCUAUAGACACCAGAGCCUCAAAUUGAAAUGGGGUAACUCUUCAAGCAAAGGAUUACAUUCCAACCUUAUAAGCUACAAUUUGUUAAUAGGAGAUCGAUCUGGAAGAUUUUCUAUCAUUUACCAUGGACCUUGUCAGACUCACAAAGUGCACAGACUGAGUGAGUAUACAGAAUACAAAUUUAAAAUCCAAGCAUGUAAUGAAGCUGGUGAGGGACCACUGUCUGGUAUCUAUACUUUCACUACAACCAGAACUCCACCACCCACACUUAAAGCACCUAAAUUACAACAACACGUGAAUAGCAAUAUUUGUGAGAUCAAAUGGGAGUCUUUGGAGCCAAUAAAAGGAGAUCCCAUUGUUUAUAAUCUACAACUUAUCAGUCAAAAAGGAACUGACCUGAUAUAUAAAGGACCAAACACUUCAUUCUCCUUUUCCAACUUUGUGGCAAAUGCACAUUAUCGCUUCAAGGUCUGUGCAGGACGCCAAUAUCAGAAUUCUGCUGGGACACAAGAGCUCUGGGGACCAUAUAGCCCCAGCGUUCUUUUCUCAACACAUAAGCAACAUCCAAGGCCUGGAAAAGGAGGUGGAGGAAAGGCAGGAAGCAGCACUGGUGAAGAGAAAGAUGAUAAGCCCAGGAUAGAAAUGAGUGAUGAUACAUUUGUCCUAAUCCUUGUGAUAGGAUUUGCACUAGUUGCUAAUCUGUGUGCUGUUAUAAUUCAGCAUUUUCUAAUCAACUAAUAUAUUUGUAUGCAUUUUACCUUUUUAGGAAUUUCUAAAACAAAUUACAUCAAAUAUAGAAAUUGCUAGAUACAUCUCAAUUCUUACUUUAAAUCUCAUUUGGUAGAUAUCCUUAUAAAUGUUUAUCUGACAGCAAAAGAACUGCCUUAACACUCAAGAAAUUCAUUGUGACAAUAGAAGAGAUUUUAUAAGGAAAUAGUUCUAUUUUAAAUUUGAAAAUGUUAGCAACAAAAAUACUUCCACUAUAAUGUAAAACUAUCUAAAUCCUCUCAUGAAAGCUAUUCUCUGCCUUAAUUUUUCUAAGUAAUAUUUUGCAAAUUUUUGAGAAUUAUCGGAGGAUAACAUCAUUUUGGAAUUUUAUUCAGAAGAAAGUGGGAAAAGUCAAUUCUAUAUGUCAACUUACAUUCAUAUGAAAUAAAAACAUAUCU